CCCUUACCAAGUCUGGGCAACGGCAGAGAAACGCUGCUGCCCCUAUGGAGAGGCCUGAUCUGAUUUGUGCUUGCCCACCCAGGCACCAGAAAACUCAGUACCGCCGCGCCUGGCUAGCAGCCAGGGAGGAACCGGCACGGACCCCGAGCCCCUCCCGCCCCCCGCCGUCGGUUCUGGGGCCGGAAGCCUCCCCGGCUCGGGGGGCGGGCAGGGGAAGGGGCGGGGGCCAGGAGGCGGCCCGGGCGACACGGAGGAUGCACGCGGGGGCCUUGGGGCUCUCGGCCCUGCUGCAGGCGGCCGAGGAGAGCGCGCGCCUCUGCUCCGUGGUUUACUACUUCGUCACGGGACAGCCCCUCUGGGGGUGGCUGGCCCUUUCUGUGCUGCUGCCUGGCUUCUUGGUCCAGGGCCUGAGCUAUCUGUGGUUCCGAGCAGAUGGACAUCAAGGUCAUUGCUUGUUGGUCAUGCUACACCUCCUUCAGCUCGGCGUGUGGAAGCGGCACUGGGACGCCGCGUCCACUGCUCUACAGAAGGAGCAGGAAGCCUCCAGCCGAGGCCAGCUGCUGCUGCAGGAGGCCGACCUGUCCGCCCUCCGCCUCCUGGAAGCCCUCCUGCAGACCGGGCCCCACCUGCUCCUCCAGACGCAUGUUUUCCUCGCCUCGGACUUCACAGAUGUUGUGCCAGGCGUGAGCGCCCUGUGCUCCUGGUCCGCGCUGUCCUGGGCCCUGGUGUGCUAUGCCUGCUUCAUGGGCUUCGUGAAGCCAGGCCACGUCUUCACACCGUGGGCCGCCCUGCUCUGCCAGCAGCUCUGGAGGAUGGGCAUGGUGGGAGCCCGCGUCCUGAGUCUGGUUCUCUUCUUCGGAGCUCACCGCGUCUGGGUUUUAGUGUUUGGAGGUGCCCACUGGCUGGUGAUGACCUUCUGGCUUGUGGCACAGCAGAGUGACAUCAUCGACAGCACCUGCCAUUGGAGACUGUUCAACCUGCUCGUGGGGGCCGCGUACAUCCUCUGCUACCUCAACUUCUGGGACAGCCCUUCCAGAAACCGGAUGGCCAUGUUCUAUACGAUUAUGCUGCUGGAGAACAUCAUCCUUUUGCUGUUGGCCACUGACUUUCUCCAGGGGGCCUCCCGGACGAGCCUGUGGACCAUAGCUGGAGUCUUGUCUGGAUUUCUGAUUGGCAGUAUCUCGCUGGUAACUUAUUACAGCCUGCUACACCCUAAGUCCACAGACAUCUGGCAGGGCUUUGUGACAGAGGUCCGUGGCACUGCAGUGGGUGAUAGAGCAGAGAGAGAAUCUUCUCCCCGGGCCUCGGCCGCAGCUGGAGAGAGGCCAGGGAGCCCGGGGGACAGUUGUGAGUUAACACAUCUGGGUAGGGCCCCUAGCCCACAGUGGGGACCCCCAGAGGCUGGGCUGGAAAGCCAGAUCGUUCAGGAAGAUUCCUUCCUCGGUCACCAUCACUGGCUGUUGGUGAAACUUGCCCUCAAAACAGGAAGUGUGUCUAAGAUCAACGCAGCCUUCAGAAAAGACGGUCCUGGCUUCUUCGGUCCCCCUGAGUGGGGACUGAGCCAACACCACAACCAUCAGAUGACGCCCAGGUUUUCCCAGAAGGAGCUCGCAUCGUCACCCCACGACCCCCUCUCCUCAGACAAGGGCUGUGAGCCUCAAGUUGUCUGGAAAGCAGAGGCCAACCUGCUGGACACCUCAAGCUACGUCUCUUUGGCCAGCGACAAUCCAGACGAAGCUCCUGGCCGGCGGUGGUCAGCUGCACCCAGGGAGGGCAGCCCCAGGGAAGGAGCCGAGGCGGUUUCUCCGCUGCAGGGCAGGGGUGCAGGUGACGGGAGAGGAGGGGCAGGACAGGAGAGCGCCACCCUAUACUUUAGUGCCACGGCCGAGGGGGCCACAUCCCCACAGUGGGAAGCCGGGCAGGCGACUUUGCAGACACCCCUGUCUGGGAGGAGUUCGGAGCCCUCCCCUCGGCCGGCCACUCGGCCCUUCCCUGCCACCAUGGCCAGCAUUAGCCCGAUCCUGGGCCUGGGCCGCACCGGCAGCUUCCGCCCCAGCACAGGCUUGCCCGGCAGAGCCCUGGGCGCCUCAGAGCGUGGGGGACAGCAGGAGCCCAUGGGGGACCCGAAUCUUCCCACCAUUGCCGGGACACGGAUGGCAUUACCAGAGGUGAGUCUGAGGCCCGCAGACGAGCCUUGCCUCACAUCCACCCCCAAGUGUGAGCCUGCCCACGGGGGCUGCGGCGGGAGGGCCCGGCCGAGGACCAUGCCAAGUUUCUCCAUGUGACCGCAGUCCCGGCGGGCAGGGCGACAGGCGGCCGAGUCACGCUGGUCCCUGGGCUUUGAGAUUUGAGACCGAGAAUCCCAGUUCUACCUCUGCCCUCCGUGUUUCCCCCGGACAUGUUUGCACAACUGAAGCAUGAACGAGCUGGACCAGAUUAUUGGCGAGCUCCCCCACAAGCACCACGUACACACGUGUGCACAGAACACACUUUCCUGUCACGCUGUGGGAGCAGGGCAAGGGGCUUCCCGUCAAAAUUGCCCGCUUCCUUUUACCAACGAUAUGAUCCCGAUUUUUAAAUUUAAUAUAACCUUAGUUUUGUUGCUGUGGCUUCCAGGAAAGUCAAAGGUAAAGAAAGCCCAGGGUUCCGUUUCAUUGUGAGUUCUCGUUACAGUUUGCCUCUGCUGACACGAGGGGAUGAUCAGUCCCUUAAAAAUGUAUUCUCCCUGUAUCACUUUACGGACCUCCAUGAUAAGAUAAUGCAAGCCCUUUCUGGAAGCAGAUGAGAAAACUGUGCUUCUCAUCAUCAACAUAGCGGAAGAAUGCAAAUGUCAUCCUGAGAUUCCUUUGGCAGAAAAAAAAAAUGCUACGUUUGUUGCUGACCCUGCAGACCCCCACCCCGCAGGCCGGCCAGCCGGCAGCCUGGACCUCACACUCCAUUUCCUCUACCCCCACACUUUGCUCCCUCCUCCAUUCCACGGGGGACACUACCUGUGGUCUGGACUCGCCGGGCGAGAAGUGCGGCCACUGUCCAUUUCCUUCUCUAUUUCUUUCUCUUCUUCCCCUAAACUGGGCCCUUUGUAGACAGACAUUCACAUCAUUUCUGCAAGCCUUCCUUCAGAGCUGGUGUAAAAAGUGCAGGCAUAGGGGCCCCUGGGAGACUCAGUCGGUUAAGCGUCCGACUCCUGCUUUCAGCUCAGGUCGUGAUCUCACGGUUUGUGGGACGGAGCCCCAAGUCGGGCUCUGCACUGACAGCACAGAGCCUGCCUGGGAUUCUCUCUGUCCCUCUCUCUCUGCCCCUCCCCGCUUUCUCUCUCUCUCUCUCAAAAUAAAAUAAACAUUAAAAAAACAAGUUUAAAAAUUAAAAAUAAAUUUUUAAGUGCAUUCAUAAGCCACCGAAGCAGAAGGCGGUCCCCACAUGUUUGCAUGUGGUCCUUUCUACCUUCACAAACACCUCUGGGUUCAGGGACAGUAUUCAAGCCCCAAAGAGGAAGUGUGGUGAGCUGUCGGACCGUCAGUGACCCUGUUGCUGACUGCGUAUUCCAGUGGGACAUAGCAGACGGUGGCUCAGAUCUCCUGGUACAACAGGUAACGACAAGGGACCUCAGGCCACCGCCUGGCGGGAGUGUGUCCAAGAAACACCACAGCUGGACAGUAGCUCCAGCCACGCAGACAGGUGGUGCUGAGGACCAUUGCAAUGGGGGAAAGAGAGGUCUACAACUGGGCUCAGCUCCAGAUGCAGCACAGGUAAGUGCGAACCGAGAGUCCAGGAGCAGGGGAGAGGUCAGUGGAUGGAAAUGUACUGAGGAAGCCCGAGAGGUAAGGGAAGGUUCUGACUCACGCAGCCGAACAGGCCUCCUACUGGAGGCAGGCUGGGCCGUCAGACUCUGCCUGGGGGUGGCAGGGUCUGCGGAAUCUGACCAUCUACAUACAGAAGGUGGUCAGACAUGGAGCAUUUGGAGGAUUCUUGCUAAAACCGGACACAGCAGAGAGAAACACGUAGGCAGGCCUAGGUGAAAGGCUGACGGAAGGCUGAGUAGGGUUUGGUCAAGGACGGUGUGCGUUGCAGCAUCGGCAACUCUGCCCAGGACGAUAAAAGGUGCUUUCCGAGCCAGGACGCUGGCCUCCCCCUCCCGUGCCAAGGUCUCGCGGAGGACCGGGUGCCCACGCUACCUUGGAGAUGCGGUUACGAGGCACAGGGGUCUGCUUCACUGCACUUCUUGUCUUUGUGUUCGGCACAAGUGUGACACUUUCAGAGGGAAGGGCCCAAGCCCUUCAGGUCAAGAGCGUCAGGGGCCACCUGGAAUUGAACCAGCUGGGCUCACGACCCCUCGCAUCGAGGGGGAGUGCACCCUAUGGGGGCGGCUCAGUAAGAGGUGGGAGAAGGGGCUCAGGGGACGGGGGCUUUUGUCUCCCGCCACCGUCUGCACGUGGCCUCGUCUGAGGCUAAUCUUGUACAAGAUCGUUGGUUUCCAGCAGAACACAUGGCCUGACCGUGGGCGCCAGACGGGCUCCCGGAUGUCAGAGGCUGACCUUUUCUCACUGGAAUAUUAGUAGUAGCUUAACAGCUGCUUGCUAAGCUAAGCAUUAUAUACUGGAUCUGUUCUAUCCACACCACUGCCUCUGUAAACGGCCAUCAUCCAGAACAUCAAAACUCGUGUGUGUCCCUCCCAUAAUAUUUGCUCCAAGAGCAUUUAUGUCUGCAGUUGCACCCGCCCAGCUGGUUUUCUGGAUUUCUUCCUUCUUAUCGCAUGAAACCACACUGGAUGCGACAAACCACAUAGGAUCCAUAAACACCAUGGACCGGACAAACACUACCUUCACUGCUGUUUCUAAAAAGCAGGGAAAGCCCGAGCCAUCCAGGACCUGCUGGAAACUGGGGUGGAUUCCCACGUUUCUACAGUGAUUGUCAGCUGCUUGCAGUAGACUCUCUAAUUCACCUGUUGGCCCUGGUGAGGCCCGGCGGGAUGAGUGGUUCCCAGCAAGCACUCGUAAACACCUGUGAAGGGGAAUUGAAUUUCUAGGUUUUUCCGGGAUGACUAAGGGUUUUACUUCUCAUAAACAUAGCCUCUGAGUAGCCA